ACCGGGCGUAAAAGAAACAGCCUCGCAACUUCUAGGCGGAGUAGCGGUCCGGCUUCCAUUGAAUAAGACGACAAACCCUUUGUGCUGAACAAUAAGAUUGUAAUCAUUGUCACGCCUCUAUCUUCGAUUCCAAUCCAUGCGUGUGCCUUAAAAAGCAGGUGUACUUGCUAAGUCGGGCGAGACGUGUGGGUUGGAAUUCUAUCACGCCCCUCACCAAAACGCCCACUGUACAAGCAGCGCAACAGUGGACAUUCGAACACCAAGCUCUCGGCCCAUUAACAGCCUGUGCGGCGGUAGACUUUGCGCAACAGUGAAACAAGCACAGCAGAAGCUCGCUCGCCCGCCAUGUCGGAAAUCACAAACGGCCACAAGGGCAUGGAGCUCGUCAAGGAGGGCAAAUGGGACGAGGCCGUGACGUAUCUCACCAGGGCCAUCAAGGUGCGGCCGUCGCCGGCGUGGCUGCUCGCGCGCGCGCAGGCGUACCAGCAAAAGGGCGAGCUGGACCGGGCGCUCGUCGACUGCGAGCACGCCUACGUCGAGGCGACGCAGCGCCAGUCCGGGCGCGAGCAGAACAUGCGCGAGGCGCAGUACCGGCGGGGGGUGAUCGCCUUCCGCCAGGGCCGCCUCGCCGACGCCGACGCCUGCUGCUCGUGGGCCAUGCGCCUCGCCCUCGGUCACCCGGCCCGCGAGCAGCCCGACCCCGUGGCGGCGCGGGCGGUGGGGCCCGAUGGCGUCUACGAGGUCACGCCGGCCGAUGCCGAGGCGGACGGCAGGGAGGCCGUGGAGAUUGACAACGCCGGCGGCGACGGCAAGAACCUCGCGUCGGCAUCCAAGAAGAAGGAGUGGGUCCGCCCGCACUCGUUCCGCGUCGUCGUGCUUGGCCACAUGCAGAAGCUGCCCGCCGACGCGCCGGGUCGCAGGCUCACAGUCACGCGCGAGCCCAAGCCGCCCGCGCUCGUCGACGGGGAGUACAAACCGGAGCAGACCGCGGCGGCGUCCUCGGCGACCCCGUCCGCCAAGACGGCACCGGCCGCGGCAGCGCCUGCCACUGCAGCGGCGGGGGCGGUCCCCAAGGAGCAGAAGCUCCGGAUCGACCACUUCCAGAACAAGGAGGUCGUCACGCUCUCCAUCUUCGUCAAGGGCGCCGACAAGGAUAGGGUCGCGGUCGAGCGCGCCGGUGGCGACAUCGUCGUCGUGCGCAACAUCCCCAGGCAGUCGAACCCGGACCUGGUGCUGAAGCUGAGCCACGCCAUCUCGGCGGCCGGCGAGAUCAAGCACAAGGUGUUUGGCACCAAGAUCGAGCUCACGCUGCUCAACGGCACGCCCGGUCAGAAGUGGACCUCUUGGGGCUCCGAGCUGAUGGGGCCCGACGCGGCCGCCGCGCUGUCCGCCGCCGCCUCGAGCGCCCGUGUUCCUGCUACCUCGGACACGCCGACGGCGGCAGCAGCGGCACCGGCAGCAGCACCACCAGCGGUGGACAAGCCGCCGGCGUACCCGACCAGCGCCAAGGGCGGACCCAAGGACUGGGAGAAGGUGGGCGGCGAUGAUGCGGACGAGGACAAGGAGCAGGACGUCGACGCCUUCUUCAAGACGCUCUACCAGAACGCGGCGCCCGAGGCCCGCCGCGCCAUGAUGAAGAGCUACGUCGAGAGCAACGGCACCCACCUGAGCACCGACUGGGCCGGCGUCAAGGACGGCAAGGUGCCCACGCACCCACCCGACGGAGCCGAGGUGAAGAAGUGGUGAUUAGGGGGAGGGGAGAAACAGUGAUGGAGGGCUAGGGCGAUGAUUGGCUUGGGGCUGAGCGUUGAAUUUACCCGGCUGUUCUUGCUUUUUACAUCUUUUUCGCUUUUCGCGAAACAAAAGAAUGUGGCCCCUUGUCAUGGAGGGUGCUUUACAUGGAGCUCCGGCUGCAAUAUCGCAAUGGUCUCUACUUAUUAAUUCGUAGAAAUGCACCGAAAAAUAACAGACUGUUUUAUGUCAAUGAUGCGACA